UUUGAAACAGGUGGUCGAAGAUGCCGUCGUUGCCUUUAUUGACGUUGGCGCUUCCCAGGGUUGCUGAUAUUUCUCUACGCUCAACCAAACCAAAAAACCCCAUUUCCAGCUGCUUGUUUGCAUAUCUCUUGACCUCUUUAACCAUCUACAAUGGCGUUCUCUGCGAAAUUACACCCUAUCUCACCACCCUCUCUCGGUUUUUCCUGCAAAUCCCGCCGACCCUUUUCUCCUCAUUACGCUUAUUUUCUAAAGCCCCUUACAAUUAGAGCUUCGACCACUCUAGAUUACUCCCAACCCUCAUCAGUGGCGACAUCAUCGACCCCAUUAAAGGCUAGUAAUUGGCAGUGGAAAUUCAAAGACAAUCUUAUAAACAUCUAUUAUGAGGAAUAUGAAGGCCAGAGUUCUGAUUCACCUAAAGAUAUUCUCAUGAUACCGACGAUUUCUGAUGUUAGUACUGUGGAGGAAUGGAGAAUAGUGGCGAGAGAGCUUGUACAAAAGGAUAGUAAAGUCAAUUGGCGUGCUACUAUUGUUGAUUGGCCUGGUUUGGGUUUCUCUGAUAGGCCAAAGAUGGAUUACAAUGCUGACGUGAUGGAGAAGUUCUUAGUGGACUUGAUCAAUGCUCCUGAUGGUCCAUUGAGCAGCUCAAAAGAUGAUUUGGUGGUAUUUGGAGGUGGUCAUGCGGCUGCACUAACAAUUCGUGCAACAAAUAGGGGUUUGGUGAAGCCAAGGGGCAUUGCUGCUGUUGCACCUACUUGGGCUGGACCACUUCCUAUUGUAUUUGGUCGAGAUUCCACCAUGGAGUCAAGGUAUGGAUUUCUGAGAGGCACAUUAAGAGCACCUGCUGUUGGUUGGAUGAUGUAUAAUAUACUCGUCAGCAAUGAAAAUGCAAUUGAAUCACAGUAUAAAUCUCAUGUCUAUGCCAACCCUGAAAAUGUUACUCAAGAAAUUAUUGAAAGCAGAUAUGCACUGACUAAAAGAGAUGGCGCUCGUUAUGUGCCUGCUGCUUUCUUGACUGGUCUUCUCGAUCCCGUUAAAUCCCGAGAAGAAUUCGUGGAACUGUUUGCAGGUUUGGAUGGAAAGAUACCAAUUUUGGUUGUAUCAACAGAAAAAUCUCCAAAGAGGUCAAAGGCAGAAAUGGAAGCUCUACGAGGAGCCAAAGGGGUAAGCAAGUUUGUGGAGUUGCCAGGAGCCCUUCUGCCACAAGAAGAGUAUCCAUCAGUAGUUGCCGAGGAGCUCCAUCAGUUCUUGAAGGAGAAUUUUGAAGCUGCUGAUUGAAAUAUAUUUGUACCUUAAAGUUGUUGAAAGAUGUGGGUAUAGCUAAAGGAUCUUAAGACUUUAAGAAUGGGCAAAUUUUUGUGAAUUGGCCUUAAAAUAAGUAAUACCAUACAAAGACAUUCUGUGCC